AUGGACUCCACGUUAGCACCAAAACCGAUCAUCAACGUUGCUGCCAUCUGUGGUUCCACUCGCAAAGCUUCCUUCCAUCAUGGCCUCAUCCGCGCCGCCAUUGAAUUAGCCACCCAAGCGAUCGACGGGAUGUCGAUCGUAAACGUCGACAUAUCGCUGUUACCGAUGCUCAACACAGAUCUCGAAGUCGACGACAAAUUUCCACCGGAGGUCGAAGCAUUUCGUCAGAAGAUUCUUCAAUCUGAAUGUUUCCUCUUUGCUUCUCCAGAGUACAAUUACACGGUUACAGCACCUUUGAAGAACGCAAUCGAUUGGGCAUCUAGGCCACCGAACGUGUUUGCCGAUAAGGCUGCUGCUAUUGUUAGUGCCGGAGGUGGGUUUGGCGGAGGGCUGGCUCAGUAUAGUCUCCGGCAAAAUGGUGUUUUCCUUGAUCUUCAUUUCAUUAAUAAGCCAGAGUUUUUCCUCAAGGCGUUUGAAGGUCCUCCUAAGUUCGACGAUGAAGCCGACACCGGCGACAACAUCACCAUCGUUGUCACUCUCGCUGAUGUGUUAUGCUACCACUCAUGUUUGUCGUUGACCAACAGAAGUCGUUUUUGCAUUGACAUGAACCACCACCUCCGGUGCGGCCUAACACCAAAUCUUCAUCCGUUUUUUCUUCGAUCUUCACUGAAACCACCAGAUCUCCAUCUUCCGAAGAUUAGAGAUUGA